UCCCUCUCGGGUCUCCCGCCUUCCCGGAGCACGCGCUGCCAGGGCCCGGGGUGCUGGGCGGCCAAUGGCGCGGCGGCAGGACGUGAUGUAAGGCGCGGCUGUAGAAAAGGCGCGGACGCUUGGCUGGCGCGGACUGCAGAGCCGGGGCUGGGCUCGGCGCGCUCUUGGAGAGCAUUGCGCGCGGCUGGGCCCGCGGUCGGCGGCUCCACCUCCCACUCUGCUCCUCCUCCUUUUUCUCCUCCUCCUCCUCCUCCUCCUCCUCCUCCUCCUCCUCCUCCUCCACCACCACCACCACCACCACCACCACCACCACCACCACCACCAUCACCACCACCACCUCCUCCUCCUCCUCUUCCUCCUCCUCUUCAAUUCUCUCGGUGUCUCGGCUCGGCUCGCUGGCUUCGGAGAAACCCGUACUACAGUCGCCGACCCAGCGCCUAAGCGGGUCGCCUAGGGCUGGGGGCACACCCCAGGGAGGGGAGAGGUCCAGGCAGCUGGGCCGCCGCGGGCACCUAGCUGUUCCCGAGUGAGCCCCGACCGCAGCCGUCGCCGCCUCGGGCAGAGUUUGCGCUCCUGCUUUGCGCCCGGGGCGCUGAAGCCGGGCGGGCGAUGCCCGCGGCGUGAAAGCGCCCGCGGCGGGCGCCGACCUCUGCCCUCGGCUUCCCCCUUCCCGCCCCCCACCCCCCCGCCCCUUGCCCUUGUGACCCUGGCUUUGGCGCCGCCGCCCAGGCGCCCCGCGAUGUAGCUGCCCCUGCGCCUCGGCGGGAGGCGUCCUGGCCCGCGGGCGCCCGGGGCCCGGAGCCCGGCCUGGGGGCGCAGCCGAGCUCGGGCGGGGCCGGGGCCGCGGUGGCGAUGCACCGGGCCCGUUAGCGCCGGGAGCGCCAGGCAGCUGAGGCGGGGGGCAAGCCCUCCCGCGGAGGAGCCGCGCCCCCGGCCCCGCCGGUCCCGCCGCGAUGCUGUUCCACAGUCUGUCGGGCCCCGAGGUGCACGGGGUCAUCGACGAGAUGGACCGCAGGGCCAAGAGCGAGGCUCCCGCCAUCAGCUCCGCCAUCGACCGCGGCGACACGGAGACGACCAUGCCGUCCAUCAGCAGUGACCGAGCCGCGCUGUGCGCUGGCUGCGGGGGCAAGAUCUCAGACCGCUACUACCUGCUGGCGGUGGACAAGCAGUGGCACAUGCGCUGCCUCAAGUGCUGCGAGUGCAAGCUCAACCUGGAGUCGGAGCUCACCUGUUUCAGCAAGGAUGGGAGCAUCUACUGCAAGGAAGACUACUACAGGCGGUUCUCUGUGCAGCGCUGCGCCCGCUGCCACCUGGGCAUCUCGGCCUCGGAGAUGGUGAUGCGCGCUCGGGACUUGGUUUAUCACCUCAACUGCUUCACAUGCACCACGUGUAACAAGAUGCUGACCACGGGUGACCACUUCGGCAUGAAGGACAGCCUGGUCUACUGCCGCUUGCACUUCGAAGCGCUGCUGCAGGGCGAGUACCCCGCGCACUUCAACCACGCCGACGUGGCGGCGGCGGCGGCCGCAGCGGCGGCGGCCAAGAGCGCCGGGCUGGGCGCAGCCGGGGCCAAUCCGCUGGGUCUUCCCUACUACAAUGGCGUGGGCACGGUGCAGAAGGGGCGGCCGAGGAAGCGCAAGAGCCCCGGCCCCGGGGCGGAUCUGGCGGCCUACAACGCUGCGCUGAGCUGCAACGAGAACGACGCGGAGCACCUGGACCGCGACCAGCCCUACCCGAGCAGCCAGAAGACAAAGCGCAUGCGCACCUCCUUCAAGCACCACCAGCUUCGGACCAUGAAGUCUUACUUUGCCAUUAACCACAACCCCGACGCCAAGGACUUGAAGCAGCUUGCGCAAAAGACGGGCCUCACCAAACGGGUCCUCCAGGUCUGGUUUCAGAACGCCAGGGCCAAGUUCAGGCGCAACCUCUUACGGCAGGAAAACACGGGUGUGGACAAGUCUACGGAGGCAGCGUUGCAGACCGGGACGCCUUCGGGGCCAGCCUCGGAGCUCUCCAAUGCCUCGCUCAGCCCCUCCAGCACGCCCACCACCCUCACAGACUUGACUAGCCCCGCCCUGCCAACUGUGACGUCAGUCUUAACUUCUGUGCCUGGCAACCUGGAGGGCCAUGAGCCUCACAGCCCCUCACAAACGACUCUCACCAACCUUUUCUAGUGACUCACGCCCUCCCCACCCCUGCCCCCCGCCCCACAAUUUCUUUAAAAAAGAAAUUAUCUUUAGUUGAAUUCCAAGUGUAUUUUAAAAUAGAGGCUUUGAGCAACUAACUAACCACAUUUUAGGAUCUCGCCUGGAAACAGAGGAAGAAAAAAUUGUGCGUCCGGCUAAUGCAGCGGUGUGGAUUGAGGAGUUACUUGGAAAAUCUAUCUGCAACACAACAUUUGUGUCACUGUACAGUUUUGUGGACUGAGCGAGGAAAAACAACAAAUAAUUUAAGUUGGCUAGAGCUUCUGUAUUUUCAAAGACUGCCACGUGCCUUAGGAAUACUGUUUUAUGUCCAUACUUUGGAUGACUUGUUCAUUUUUCUCUCCCUCUUUUUCUCUCUGUAUAUUUAUGACCAGAGCAAAAAUGCAAAAAAAAACAAAAACAAAAACAAAAACAAAAAAAAACAAAAAAAAAAGUUUGUUACUUUGAAUAGUCCUAAAAAAAGAAAAAAAAAAAAAAAAGAAAAAUCAAACCCCCUCCAACGGUCGCUUUGUUGUUUUAGAAUUUUAAGGUGGAAGUCUGUUCGAAUAUCAGAAUUUGUAAAAUCUAACCAGUAAUAAAACCACUUAUUGAAACUA